CCAACAGAAAACAUCUCUUAAGUCUGGGGUGUUCAUAUGACUUGAAUCUUUGCUGGAGACUUUAUUGAUGUUAAACAGACAUCUGACAUCACAAACUUAUUUGGGAAUAAGCACUACAAGUUGGAAGGAACUGUGUUGUAAUGUUUCACUUUAACAGAAAUAUUUGACUGUCUAUAAGGUCCACUGGCAUCUUCUUUCUGCACUUCACCUCACACUGUGAAAUGUUUCCACAGAGAUGAAACCUUUCCUGUGAGGUAAGAGUCAAAUAACCCUGUGUAAACUGGCUCCUCAGCUUUGUAGCCUGACCUCUGACCUCUCUGAACUGCACUGAACUGCAUGAACUCACAAUGAACUGCACUUUUAAUGCCACCUUAACUCCCCAGCUGGGUCUUGGAUUGAGCCCAGGGGCAGGAGCUGACGAGUCCCAAGGGAGUGGUAGCGGUGCUGGAGGUAGUGGUGGCUUGUGGGUGACAUCCCUGCUUGGUACUACACUGAUUAUCAUGUGCGUCGUGGGCGUGUCUGGCAACACAUACACACUUAUUGUUACACGCUCAGCUGCUUUGCGGCGCACAGGUUCUAUGUACGUUUACAUCAUUAAUUUAGCUCUGGCUGAUCUGCUGUACCUCUGCACCAUCCCUUUUGUAGUCUGCACCUACUUUGCCCAUGACUGGCUGUUUGGUGAGGCCGGAUGUCGCAUCCUGCUGAGUCUGGACCUCCUCACCAUGCAUGCCAGUGUCUUCAUUUUAGGUGUUAUGAGCCUGGAGCGGUAUCGUGCUGUGGCCAAACCCUUCAGUGCACACAAGUCUUCGUCCCGCAACCGACGGCUAGUGUCAGGAAUUAUUUGGGGUCUAUCUUUUCUGCUAACGCUUCCCAUGAUGGUGAUGAUCCGAGUCAGGGAGGGCAAACCCACUGUGGCUGGUUCAGUCAAGAGAAUCUGCUAUCCAACCUGGACCCCUGAGGCCUUCAAGGCUUAUAUCAUUGCUCUGUUUUUCACCAGUGUUUUAGUCCCUGGAUUGGUAAUUGUUGGACUGUAUGCAGGGCUGGCUAGGCGCUAUUGGGUAGCGCAGGCUAACUUAGGGGGUAGCAGCCGCUCUGCCAGAAGGACAGGACUCAAACAAAAAGUCGUAUCAAUGAUCUUUAGCAUUGUGGUAGCUUACUGGGCUUGCUUCUUGCCUUUUUGGGGAUGGCAGUUAGCCAAACUGUUCUCUCCAGAGUCCCUCAAAGCUUUGUCUCCAGCUGCUCAUAAUUAUGUAAAUUUCUUUGUCACGUGUCUCACAUAUGGAAACAGCUGUAUAAAUCCAUUUCUCUACACUCUUCUGACUCGGAACUACAAAGAUUAUUUAGCACAGAAAGGACAGUCAUCAGGAUCCAGCAGGGCUGAUCCCGGGUCAGCUGUGACAACCCCACUGCAGGACUUUUAGUGAACUAGCAUAAACUGUCCAGUCGCAAUAUGUUUUGAUUCAGAGAGGACAUUUUUUAUUAUCUACAUCGAGUUGACCCAGCUUAAACCUAACUUCCUCUACUGUCUUAAAGAGACAGUUAACUCGUCUUGUUAAGGUUUUGUGAGUUUUGAGAAAGUAGAAUUAGCAGAAUUAACCAAACUUGACUGAAAGCAUUUAAUAAACUAUACAUUUAGCUGAAUCAAAUGGAUUUCAAUCACAAUAACAAACAUGGUUCUGCCUUCUGUCUCAAUCUGACGAAUCAGCUUUACAGACAAAUAUUUUUCAUCUCCAUCUAUGGAAUGUCGUUGCACUGUGCCACAUUCCUCAGCCUCCGGACGCUUGUCUUUUGAGUCCUCCUGUAAAUUGUCUGUGUAAGUGUGUGCUACAUCUCCCACCUCACCUCCUUUUCCAUGUCCACUUUUAUUCUUUUUUUAACCUAUUUCCUCAUCGCAUAUUAAAGAUAAUGACCAAUACAAUUCCAGGUUUUCUUUUUUCUCCCUCUUUUUUAAAUGUUGCAUAACUUUAAAAAAUAGGGAAAAAUAAUAAUUCUGCUUUUGAAUUACA